CACCACCACCCGGCUUCCUCUCACUCCAGUCCAAACUCCUCGCCCGGGCAAGGCGCUGAUCCGUGGCCGAACCCGCCCCGGGGCAGCCUUUCGGUGAAAAGCAGCGAGCCUGCCUGUAGCGAAAAGGAGGACCUGCGAGUGGACCAUGCAGCUGGACCGGCUGAGCGCCGUGGCCUUUGGGCUCCUGCUUCUCCUCGUCCCGGCCGGGGGCCAGGACUCCACCGGCCCCAUCCGGACCACACACACGGGGCAGGUGCGGGGGAGCCUUGUCCACGUAAAGGGCGCCAACGCAGAGGUCCACAGCUUCCUGGGAAUUCCCUUUGCCAAGCCGCCCCUGGGGCCACUGCGGUUUGCACCCCCCCAGAAUCCUGAACCUUGGAGUGGUGUGUGGGAUGGGACCUCCCACCCAGCCAUGUGUUUGCAGGACAUCACUGCCGUGAAUGUGAUGAUGCAGAAAUUGUCGAAUCUGACCCUGACCCUCCCCUCCAUGUCCGAGGACUGCCUGUACCUUAGCAUCUACACACCUGCCCAUACCCAUGAAGGCACCAACCUACCUGUGAUGGUGUGGAUCCAUGGCGGUGCGCUUGUGAUGGGCAUGGCUUCAAUGUAUGAUGGCUCCAUGCUGGCGGCCUUUGAGGACGUGGUGGUGGUCACUAUCCAGUACCGCCUAGGUGUCCUGGGCUUCUUCAGCACUGGAGACAAGCAUGCAACUGGCAACUGGGGCUACCUGGACCAAGUGGCUGCCCUGCACUGGGUCCAGCAGAACAUCGCCUACUUUGGAGGGGAUCCUGGCCGUGUCACCAUUUUUGGCGCGUCUGCGGGUGGCACAAGUGUGUCCUCACACAUCGUGUCCCCCAUGUCCCAAGGACUCUUCCAUGGUGCCAUCAUGGAGAGUGGCGUGGCCCUGCUGCCCGGCUUCAUCGCCAGCUCGUCUGACGUGGUCUCCACAAUGGUGGCCAACCUGUCUGCCUGUGGGCAGGUCGACUCAGAGGCCCUGGUGGGCUGUUUGCGGGGCAAGGCCGAAGAGGAUAUUCUGGCCAUCAACAAGCACUUCAAGAUCAUCCCUGGCAUGGUGGAUGGGACCUUCCUGCCCAGGCACCCCCAGGAGUUGCUGGCCUCUGCUGACUUUCAGCCAGUACCGAGCAUCAUCGGGGUCAACAACGAUGAGUACGGCUGGCUCCUCUCCUCGGGCAGCACCUCUGGCAGCCAGGAGGAAAUGGACAGAGAGACCAUGCGGGCUGCCCUGCAGAAAACGUUGGCACUGUUGAAGGUGUCUCUUGAGUUUGUUGACCUGUUGAUGGAGGAGUAUGUGGGGGACAAUGAGGACUCUGAGAACCUGCGAGCCCAGUUCCAUGAGAUGAUGGAGGACUUCCUCUUUGUGAUCCCUGCACUCCAAGUAGCAAAAUUUCAGCGUUCCCGUGGCCCUGUCUACUUCUAUGAGUUCCAGCAUCGUCCCAGCAUCUUCAAGGACACCAAGCCGCCCCAUGUGAGGGCAGACCACGGCGAUGAGAUCCUCUUUGUUUUUGGAACCUCCUUCUGGAAGACCUCCGUUGACAUCACUGAGGAGGAGGAGCUGCUGAGCAGGAAGAUGAUGAAGUACUGGGCCAAUCUUGCUCGAAAUGGGAACCCCAAUGGCGAGGGCCUGCCCCACUGGCCCGUGUUCGACCAGGAGGAGCAAUAUCUGCAACUGGACAUACAGCCCAUGGUGGGCCAGGCCCUGAAGGCUGACAGGUUCCAGUUCUGGAUGAAGACCCUGCCCCAGAAGGUCCAGGAGCUAACGGAGGCUAAAGAGAAGCACAUGGAACUGUAGCUCCAUGUCCGGGGCUGGGGGGUGGGCUUGAGUGCAGGUGGAGAGCUGCCUGAUGUGCUCCCCACUCACUCACCAAGGAGCCAAUAGGUUAUCCCUUCAGUCACAUGAGCAGCCAUCCAUUCAGCAAACUACGUCAUGCAGUCAGCUGCCAGGCCUGGCCUGGCCCUCUCUUGUUAGACACACUCAAGAAAUCCUCCCACGAAGCUGGGGCUGGGGAAACCCCAUGGAAGCUCAUCUUCCCCGACAGCCACUGGGCUCUGGGCCCCGACUCUUCUUCCUCACCUCCCUCCUCUCCCCCUUCUCUCUCUCCUCUCCUCUGAGCCCCCUUCUCCACCUUGAGGGAGGGAGCUUGGGGGAAUGUCGCCCUCACCCGGAUAUCAGAAGCCAAUCUCCACCUCUCAGCCAUCCUGCGUGUUCUCAUACCUAUAAAUGGCCAAUAGGAAACCUGGGUGCCAGGAGACCUUGUUGCUCAGAGGUUCAGCCACCAAGAUCACGAACUACUAAGGAUGUGAAAGUCACCAUCCCCACCUGUUGUCCCCCUAGAUUAAAUGUCAUCUGUCAUUGACAUUUCAAAGAAUCCACCCACCCCUCUAAGUGUGUCCCAUGGAGGUGACUCCGUUUGGGUGAGAUGCAGGAAUGGGCAUGUCCAUGGGUCCCGGAGCCUGGGCAGAUUGUGUAGCAGCCACGAGAACCUGGCAGCUUCCUGCAACAUGAGUUUGUUCCUAGGUUUGCUUUUAUUCCCAGUAGCUCUGCAGACACUGUGGGGCCCAAACACACAAUAGUAGAACAUCCAUGUUUAUUUGUGGGAUGUUUCCUGGAAGUGGGACUGAGGGAUUAGAAGGCUCAGAAUAUCUAGGAUUCCUGCUGACCGCCUCUCCAUCCAGGGAAGUCUCCUCUUGCCUUUUACAAUUCUCCUUGCUAGCCCCCAGAUCCCCUGAGCAUGCUGCUGCUCACUGUGGGUGACCACUUGAUUUGUUUUUCAACCUACCUAUUUGCUUUUCCUGAACUUCUCCCCCCACCACCUCCCCCACCUCCCCCACCCACCCCCCCAAAAAAAAUCUCUAUUAUAUUUUAUCUCUGCAUUCAAAAGUGCCAAAUUGUGUUCAAUCUGUCUCUUUGUUCCACCAGAGCAUUUUCCCUCUGUCUUCAGAGGCUGUAUCCCUCCUCCCGUAAUUGCUAGGACUCCCCCCGUGCCCUGCCUCUACCAACCUGCCCUUUCCAGGCACCAGUUUUCCCAGGCGGAAAGUUCCUCUUACUUCCUCUGCUGCAUUUGAGCCCAGCCCCAGGGCCUGGUGAGGUUUGGGACGGGGACGCAGAUCCCCGCGUUUCCCUAUUCUGGCCACCAGAUGGCAGACAAGGAUAAACUUAAGCCCCUGUGGACUUGAACUCUGGAGGAGGGCGGGGCUUUCCUUUUAGUGAACACUGGUGCCAAAUGCUUCCGCUGUGUCCUGAAAGCAUUUAUUGAGCGCCUGCUAUAUGCCCUUGUAUGUUUGUAGGUCCUGCAGAUGCACAGAAUACUUUCCAAAAGUGGGUUCUGGGACCUUUUUUUAGGCUUCUUAAUAGUUAUAUGAUAUUUUAACAGGUUUAUUGUGGAAUAAUUUACAUACAAUUACAUUCACACAUUUUAGGUAUAUAGUUUGAUAAAUUUGAAUAAAUGUAUACAGAUACGCAACUACCACCACAUCAAGUUUUAGAAUGCUUUUAUCGCUCUAAAAGCUCCCUGUGCUCUGCUCUGAGAACCUCUGAAUUGCUUUCUGUUGCUAUAGUUUGCCUUUUCUAGAAUGUCAUAUAAAUAGAAUGAUUUAUGACUGGUGUCUUUCCAUUAGCAUAAUGUCUUUGAGAUUCAACAAGCACUUCUUUCCUUUUAUUGCUUAGUGGUAUUCCACUGCAUAGAUGUACCACAUUUUGUUUAUCUGUGCACCAGUUGAUGGACAUUUGAGUGAUUUCCACCUUUUAGCUAUUUUAAAUAAGGCUUCUAUGAAUGUUUCCAGACAAGUCUUUCUAUAGACAUAUAUUUCAUUUCUCUUGGGUAAAUACCUAAGUGUGGAAUUGCUGGGCUAUAUGGCAAGUGGAUGUUUGACUUUUUAAGAAAAUGCCAAACUGUUUUCCAAA